AUUAUCAUCACUUCACGCAGUUAUGGGUUAUCUUUUCUUAUGGUAGCGUGGAACAACUCAUUGCAAUAACUUUUUUUAAAUGUAAGUUUAGUAAUUUAAAUCCUCACUCAAAUAUAUGUUUUUAAUAAUGUCGUCCUAUCAACUCACCAAUUCAUCCAUGACCAAAUCACACCUUUCAGAUCUUAUUGAACUAGCAGAGCUAGCUGGAAUUCUCAUACCGCAUGACAUCUUGAGGAUACUAAUCGAACUGCUAGAAUUUGGGCUUCACCCGUAUGCUGUUAAAAGUUUACUGCGAGAAAUCUACAGGAGCAGAAUAGCGCCCAAGAGACAACCUGUCAAAGUGUAACUACACUUGGACAUAGGAUUCAAAACUUCACUAAAAAGUGAGUGUGUGGUUAAUAAAUCAUAACUGAAUCUACUCCAACCUGAUAGUAUUUAAUAAUAUUUAAAGAAUUUAGUGUUUUAAAAUGAAUCAGAAGUAGAUUUACUCCAACUUAAAAUAUGUAUUAUGUCUCUUUAUUGAAUGAAAAUGGAAUGCAUAAAAGUUGCAUUUGUUUAUAUUGAUUCUGUGUCAGAUCAAUCUUGCUGAUUACGUCUAGCAGUACAAGAUUCCGUCGAUUUGAUUCAAAGAAAUGUUCCAAUGAGAUCAUCUGUAAGCGUAAUACUUUCAGGUCCCACUUCAGGUCAAAGUAUGUCUCACCCAGACUACGAUCAAACACCGCACGACCAUGCCUGCUUGCUCGUUCUUAUUAAACACCUUGGAGAAACCCUGACCAGCAAAUCAUUUUCCCGCCUGUUUGAUAGAAUCAGUCGUCUACAUCAUCACAAAAUUUGUGACAGUGCUGGGAUAACAAGGGACGUAUAUAUUCGUUUUUCUAAAGAAUAUCCUGUGGGAAAUAAUGACUGGGGGGACUUCCAGACUCAUCGAAGACUUUUAGGUCUUGUCACGAUUGCUAAAAGUAAGUCCCAGAUAGAGUUCAAUGAAAUAUGUCGUUUGCACGAGUGUCUGAAAGUCAAGUAUCAAUCUACCAUUAUUGACUCCCGUUGUAUCAUGUUCGGAGUCAACACUCCUGCAACUCCUGAGUGCUCUAUACCUGCAAACUUCAAAUCACAAGCUCUUUAUUUUCCUUCAGAUAUUGAUGGGAACGGAGAGUUGGAUGAUAAUAUAACAGAAUUUAUCCUAGGGCUCUUUUGGAUUCUUGAAUCUAAACGCUUAGAAAGAUGCCGCGAAAAAAUUGAUCGAGUUUCGCUUCUCCUCGCACCAUUUGAAAAGAGAGAUUUUGUAGGACUAGAUAUCGAAUCACGAGGGAAUAAAAAACGAUGGCUGGGACGCAUGACCAAGCACCUAGGUGACUUAUCGUUGCAAUGUGGUUUGCCGGCAGAGGCACUGACGUACUAUCACUCGGCUGUUGAAACCCUUCGAAGUAUGCAUGAUUGGCUUUGGCUGGGAGGAGCUGCUGAAGGCUGGGCUGCAGCGUCUGUGAUUUUAUUAUUUCCUAGACUCGCCAAAGUCGUACCUGUCCAAAGAAAUGCAUCUUUGCAAGAAGGUAGCUCACCAAAAUCUCGCUCCAAUUCUGAGGAUUUUAAUCCAUUUGGCAACUCACACAAGCCGCUCAGCGCAAGCACCAUGCAAAAUCUCCUUGGUUAUGAUGAAAUAUUGAAAAGUUACAGAGAAGCAAUAAUUCACUAUAGUAAAUAUCAGAAUGCAGGUGUUAUUGAAACUGAAGCAUGUUUCAAGGCUGCAAGGAUUGCCGUAAAAGAAAACUCAGUACUGCAAGCUCAUUCAUUUCUUCAGAAUAUCAUCCUCAUCAAUUUAACUUUAACUGAAGAAGAGAAGAUUCAAAGAUUAAUGAGCUUGUCAAACCUUUACACAAACAUAGGUUUUUUGAGGAAAGCAUCGUUCUACCGGAGGCUAGCUGCCACUCGAUAUGUUUCCGUGAAAAAUCCUCAAACGAACUGGGAACAAUGUUAUCAACUCAUGUUGCAAUCUUUACCUGGGUACAAACUAACACUUGAUCCAAUGGACUAUGUGUGUGAUAGGUUUAAUGGCUGGCCAAGGAUUCAGAAACAGGUCUUAAAUGAUCUUGUUGUUGCUGCUAAAAGGCUUGGUAACCCAGGUCUUGCCACCCGUCACAUGACAUUUCUCCUUCAAGUCAUGUGGCAACAUUUGACACCUCCAGAAAAGCAAGAUUUCUCCCUUCAACUUCAAAAAUUGACAGUUCAGUGUGAGGGAUCUCCUGUCACUAUUAUUCUCGAUUCGGGUCUUGUUGUUCCGCCUGCUAAUUUACUGAAUAUCCCCCAGCUUGAGAGCUUUGUGAUCCAAAAUUUAAAACCACAUCUGCGGCCAAUUAAGCUUGAGAAAGUGAAGCAUGAUUUUGGCCCUUUUCUGUAUACACCCCUCAGUCUUGGUUCAUUGGAAAAGAAGUCAGUACAGUUGGAUCAAAAGCUAGAUUAUUGCUGGGUGGCUAAUGAACUGUGUGAAAUAGUUUUAGAAAUUAGCAACCCUCUUUCAUUUGAGUUGGAAAUUUCCAAUAUGUUGAUCCUUACAAGUGAAUUAGUAUUUGAAAGUGUGCCUCUCUCUGUAACUUUGGCUCCAGAUGCAUCUCAUCACAGUGUGACGCUAACUGGCACACCAAAAGAAGAUGGAAACUUGGAAAUCAAUGGCUACUCAACUCAUACACUUGGGGUCAAAUCCAACUGCCGCCUUCGAAACAUCCCCAAUAUUCCCCAAAAUAAUUUUACAAUUCAAGUAAUUCCCCCAAUGCCAAGAUUACAGGUUACAACAUCUUUACCCCCUCUGCUUUUUAAAUUGGAGCCGUCUGCUACAGUCACAAUUUUUGCCGGCGAAAGAAUGGAAUGUUUAGUAACCCUGCAUAACGAGGGGAAUCAACCCAUCGAUCAAUUGGAUAUCAUCGUAGAGUCAAUGCUAGAUCCCAGUGUUCAGCAGCAAAUGAUCCACUGGGACCAUAAAGGCUUAACAGGGCACCUACCACUCUUACCUGGGGCAUCUGCAACCUUCCCGAUUUCUUUGUAUGGAGUAAAUAAUUUUCUGGCCCCUCAUGGAUUGAAUCCCAACCAAGAUUUCAGUGCUGGGAAGAACAGUUCAAUGUCUGGCCCAAGUUCAUUCCCAUCCUUCAGCUACCGACAAAGUCCUCUUGAGAGGAGUACUCCACCAUCAACUUGCACUGCAUCAGUCAGAUCUGGAGCAAGUAGCUUAAAUUCUUUAAAUUCUCAGUUGAACAAAGUAGGAGUAGAUAGUCCGAGAAAAAUUGAGUGCUAUGUUAAUCUUCAUUAUAGUGGUGGACCUGGACUAGUAGCUGGCUAUUGCCGUAUCACAUCUCUUGUUAUCUACAUUGAAAUUAUACCAUCAAUACUCAUCACCAAUUGGGAUGUACUUCCUGCCGAAACAAGCGAACAAUUUUAUCUCGUUUUGGAUAUCAGCAAUAUGACAAGUCAAGAAGUAGAGCUUAAGUAUACCGCUUCCAAAACUAUUCUUAUCGAACAGUCAGAGUCUUGUCGAAUUCCGAUUCCUAUUGACAGAUGUCCCCUAUCUCAAACUCAGGUGAAUGACGAAGGUGAUAUGCUGAGUGGGAAUCAGAAGUCAUGCAACGAACAUGUCACCUCCCACGUUUUGUUGGAAUGGAAUGUACCCACUGCUCUGCGGAAAGGAAUGGCAUCUUUGAAUGGUAUCAUUCUCUCCCCAGAAAUGCUGGACAUAGUUCGAACAUCUCCAAUUGACUGGAAAGUAACUGUGAAUUCUAAAAGUUUAAAACCACAGUCAGAAUUUAUCACACAGGUAGGAGAACUGUUGGAGUUUGAAGUCGCAUUGCACAAUUUACUCGGGCAACCUCUUCAGAAUUUAGCUUUGCUUGUGCAGUUUUAUCAAGAUUAUCAGAACGGAGUAAUCAAUAGUCAGCUGGACUCAUGUCUUGCCAUUGCAGGAACUCCGGAGACGAAAUUCUGCCAAAUUUUAGAAUUCGGGAGCAUACACCAUGGAUGUAAUGUCAUAUUCUUCAGUGCUGGUCAGUACAAAUUAAACAUAGAAUGCUGCUUUCAAGAAAAGUAUGUAUGGCGCUUAAUUCCACCUCUUAUAAUAGAUGUAAAAAACUAGGCAAUGAAUUGUCAUCUAUGACCUAAGAGUAUUUUUUGUCAUUCAUUGCAGUCCUUUAUUUGUUAAUCUUCAGCCUGGGCCACAUUUAUUGUGUAAUACUGUGAGAAAAGUAUCUUGGUCUGAUGGUGAUUGUGAAAACUUUUUUUCUCCAGUUUCAAUCUUUUAUGGGAAUUAAAAUUAUUCUUCAUUUUUGUGUGUAUGUGCAUUUAUACCAUAAUCCCCGAAUUAAUAAAAUUAUAUUCAUCUCUAUCUCCACAAUGUAUGUAAAACUUUCCAUGAAAUUAGUAGUAAGCUUUUCGUUUAGAUUUUCAAAUAAACACUCCUCCUCAUUGUUAUUUAUUUUUCUGGUUAAUAUUUUAUUUUUCUACUUCUCAUUAAAGAUUAUCAAUGUAAAAAUGUUGCUUGUAUCCACUCAGGCAUUGUUUUCUAAUAAAACUUAAGAUCUCUUGUGUUC